AUGUCUCCCCCCGUCAACCAGACCCAACUUCACCCCAAGGGCGUCGAGCCCACUCCCGCCGCUGAGGAGAUUGAGAAGGAACUCUACGACAUUGCUCACAUCGAGUACGAGCGAGUCAACAUUGACCACAACCCCUCGGUGGCCUCCCUGUACGAGGACGCCCUGGUGCAGGAGUCUGGCUCUGCCAUCAACUCCACCGGCGCUCUGGUCGCCUCGUCCGGAAAGAAGACCGGCCGAUCUCCCAAGGACAAGCGAAUUGUGGAGGAGCCCGGUUCCGUCGAGCACAUCUGGUGGGGCCCCGUCAACAAGAAGCUGUCUGAGCAGUCGUGGCUCAUCAACCGAGAGCGAGCUGUCGACUACCUCAACACCCGAAAGCGAAUCUACGUUGUGGACGCCUACGCCGGCUGGGACCCCAAGUACCGAAUCAAGGUGCGAAUUGUCUGUGCCCGAGCCUACCACGCUCUGUUCAUGCGAAACAUGCUGAUCCGACCCACCGCCGAGGAGCUCAAGAACUUUGGCAAGCCCGACUUCACCAUCUACAACGCUGGCGCCUUCCCCGCCAACCGAUACACCUCGGGAAUGACCUCCAACACCUCGAUCGACAUCAACUUCAAGUCCAUGGAGAUGCUCAUUCUGGGAACUGAGUACGCCGGUGAGAUGAAGAAGGGUAUCUUCACUGUCAUGUUCUACCUCAUGCCCGUCAAGCACCAGGUGCUUACUCUGCACUCUUCUGCCAACGAGGGCAAGGAUGGCGAUGUCACUCUUUUCUUUGGCCUGUCCGGAACCGGAAAGACUACUCUGUCUGCCGACCCCAACCGACUUCUGAUCGGAGACGACGAGCACUGCUGGUCCGACACCGGCGUCUUCAACAUUGAGGGCGGCUGCUACGCCAAGUGCCUGGGUCUCUCUCGAGAGAAGGAGCCCGAUAUUUUCGACGCCAUCAAGUUUGGCUCUGUUCUGGAGAACGUUGUCUUCGACCCCAUUACCCGAGAGGUCGACUACGACGACGCUACCCUCACCGAGAACACCCGAUGCUCCUACCCCAUCGAGUACAUUCCCAACGCCAAGCUGCCCUGUGUCACUGAGUCCCACCCCACCAACAUCAUUCUGCUCACCUGUGAUGCCCGAGGUGUCAUUCCCCCCAUCUCCAAGCUCACCAACGAGCAGGUCAUGUACCACUUCAUUUCCGGUUACACCUCCAAGAUGGCCGGAACCGAGGAGGGUGUCACUGAGCCCGAGGCCACUUUCUCUGCAUGCUUUGGCCAGCCCUUCCUGGUUCUGCACCCCAUGCAGUACGCCAAGAUGCUGUCUGAUAAGAUGACCCAGCACAACGCCAACGCCUGGCUGCUCAACACCGGAUGGACCGGCCAGUCUUACACCAACGGAGGCAAGCGAUGCCCUCUCAAGUACACUCGAUCCAUUCUGGACGCCAUCCACUCUGGUGAGCUCGCCAAGGUCGAGUACGAGAACUUUGACGUUUUCAACCUCCAGGUUCCCAAGACCGCCCCCAACGUGCCUUCUGAGAUCCUCAACCCCGCCCGAGCCUGGUCCGGAGGAAAGGAGCAGUUCACCGAGGAGGUCACCAAGCUCGGCAAGCUGUUCAACGAGAACUUUGAGAAGUACAAGGACAUGGCUAUCCCCGAGGUCAUUGCUGCCGGCCCUAAGGCUUAG